CACAACCUUUCAAGUUGGGUCCGUCACGAAAGGAGCUUUCUGACGUCACACAAGACAAGAUGUUACAAAGAAGCAACCUAAACGAGAUGGCUGGAAGUGUCAACCAAAAUCACGAGUAUACCAGAGACCAAACACCGAUCUUCUUCUUACAGGAUCCUAUAUUAGACCUAGAGAUCAGUGAUCAAGAAUCUGAAAUGAUAAGAAAUUUAGCGCAAACAAUGGCCCAAGAUCAUCCUGUGCCUGCUCAGCAAGACAUCCACGAAUGGCCAGGAAUGGUCAAUUUAACAAACGAAGUGGGAGGAGAGGCACUAUAAACAGUGAAAAUGAGGGCACUGCAUGUGACCAACAAGUCAAGUUGACUUUUUUGUAAAUUUUAAUUUGUUUUCAAUGAAAAAGAUAUGUCAAACUCCAUACGUUAAUGAAUGUAACUGUACAUUUCUUGAUUUAAUGUCCAUCUACUUGGACAAAAAGUAAAAAUAGUUCAACAGAUUACACCGAGAAAUUUUUUGUCACACAUUAAGUUUUUAGUUUAGUUGACAUUUGCGUAGGUAUAUACAAUCAUGUACAGUUCAUUGAAACAUAAAAUGUAUUAUUUUAUAACUAUACACAAAUAAUAAAAGAAAGAUUGAUUACAUUAUCCUGCAAAUAUUGAAGUUUAAUAAUAGGAAUAAGAUAGAGUGAAAGGCACAAGACCGACUUAAAAACAAACAAGGACAAGAAAUGGUGAAAUCAACAAUCAAAUUGCACAUACAUUGUAAUCACCUUGAAAAAAAACAUAUUAUCUAAUUGCUGGGUAGUCCUCCAGAAAUGUACAUCACAAAAGCAACAACAUGACACCAUUGUGCUGUUGCCAUGGCAACACUCUUGGCUCCACUCUCUUUCUGUCAAAAACCAAAUAUUCCCAUUUGCAACCCUUUAAAGUGGGACUUGGGGUCCUGUUUGGAACACACAGUGUGCCCAUAUUGCCUUAAGGUAUCAGUAUUUAAGCAAUAGAGCACUUUUUCCAUGUUUACAAAGCUCCAUCUAAAUACAAGGAGGGUUAAGAGAACUCAACACAGUUAUGCAAACCCAAGACAUAUUUGAGGGUUUGCAUAACUUUCAGAAAUUCUCCCAGCCCUCCUAGUGUUUAGAUGAGGUUAUGUAAACACAGAAAAAGUGCUUUAUUGCUUUCAUCAGAUAAUUCUCAAAACUGUGCGUAAUUGAUAUGAGCUCUAUUGUUAAUUAGUAAAAUGAGCCUUCACUUUAUCAAUCAACGCGUUAUUAUUUUCACACGUUUUGUGUAAUUAUCUCAUUACAUUGGAAAAAUGCCCCAAAUUAUAUCUUCCUUUGUAUCUCGAAAAAAAAUUUCAGAGAAUGAAGCACACCUCUUGAGUUCAUUUCCAGAGAGUUUUUAACACUUUUUUUGGAGUGAAAUCUGGAGAGAAUUUUGCCUGACAAUCAGGCAAAUAAACGGUGGUGGGCAACUUUUAGUGUUUACUUCUUUCAAAACUUAUGACUAUUUUAGUGAAGCAAAUGCAUGUUUUAUCAACUCUUAAAGUUUAACUGCGUGUCAAAAACAAACUAGACAAGUAAUCAAAAUUUCCAAACACCAUUUCUAAAGAAAGGUGUCAAGAAGACAUCCAAGGUUGAUCACGUCUUCUCACUCAAAUCUGACCAGAAACAAACUUGAUUAGCGAACCUCUGUACUUUGGGAAAUAGGGCGGUACAGUUAUUCAGAAACCUUAAUUUUUUUUUCGUUUCAAUAAAUAUACUUCGUAAUUUACAAUUCUUAAGCCUUUAGAAAAUAUAUUCUUUACUGGGAUUUGCGUCAAAUGUCCGUUCGUAAAGCAGCGCCAACGAAUGAGAGUCAUUUGGGGUAUACUGUUACCUUAACUCUCCUCAUUAGAUUGUUGGGAGUGCCAAGUUUAAAGAACACUACUCUGACACAUGUAUUUCUAGAGAUACAUGUAUUUUUGAUUCAGUGUUAUAUAUUUUAGUGGAAUGAUUUAUGACUUCAUCACUCUCCUCAUUUGCAUAAUUACAAAGACAUAAAUCUCCAAAAUGAAAGGAGAUAUUUCGAAAGGGAAAACGCUAUGAUGAUUCCUAUUUUUUGAAAAGCCUUUCAAAUAAGGAGCAAUUGACUUUUUUCUCCUUCACAUAAGCACUUCAAACAACGCUGGCAUUCUUUCAGAAGUGUGACAAAUACAUGUACAAACGAAGUAGUGAGAUCAUGCUCGUCAUCUCUACCCUACACACCAUACAUAACAGUGCACUUUAAUUUACAUUCUCUACUCAGUCAUACAUGUGUACAUGUAUGUACAUUUAUAUAGUCUACACUUUACUUCAAUGUCCACACAGUACUGGACACUGAGACAAGUCUACACUGUAUACUGUAUGCAUUGUUUUGCUCUACACUUCUCACCAUAUCACUUCUCACUCGACCAUCUACAUCACGUAUACUCAACAACACUCUAUAGCUCAUUUAUCAAGGUCUUUUAUACAGAGUAGUAUUCCACUAUAAUGAUUUUAGCCACAUUGUGUAAGAAUUGAUAUUACAUGUACCUCUAUUGCGAACAAAGGACAAAAUUUUCCACACAUCACAUGUCCAUUUUUUAUGAAUUAUGUGUAAACUAAACAAAAGGUAGACUCUGGACUAUUUGUUGUUAGUCACACUGUGUGAUGGAAUCAGAAAGCUAAAAAUGCAAUAAUUACAUGUAUUAAAAAAAAUUGAUUUGACAAUUAGGGAUAACAUAAAUUAAAUUCAUUUAGCUGCUAGAAAAUUCUCAUUUAUUUCAGUCAACUUCAGUAAUAUCAUUAUUUAUUACUGGUACUAAUAAAUAACUAUUUGAAUUCUAGAAUAUUUGAUUAUGAACAUACAGUCAUGACCUAAAUGAUUGUCCUCAACCAAGUAUUGCAUAAACUUACCUUUA